AUGGCAAAGCAGAAAGAGCAGGCCGAAGGGUCUAGUAAGCAGCAUACGGCGACUCGCGCUCUGAAGAAGCAGACUGCAGAUGCAGAACUUACUGAACUGGAAUCAAAAGCUUCAAACCCAGACCAAUACCUAAAGAAUCCAGAUCUGAAUCAAUUCAAUGAGCUUCCAUUAUCUGGAAAAACUCGAUCUGGGCUGACUAAAGCCAACUUUAUGGAAAUGACUGAAAUCCAAAAGGAGUCUUUGCCAUUGUCUUUGGCUGGAAGGGACGUCUUAGGUGCUGCCAAAACUGGAUCCGGAAAGACGUUGGCGUUUGUUAUUCCUGUGCUCGAAUGUCUCUACCGAGCUAAAUGGACGAAAUACGAUGGCGUUGGAGCUUUGAUUAUAUCUCCUACUCGUGAAUUGGCACUCCAAAUCUUUGAAGUGUUGCGACGAGUAGGUCGCUUCCAUAACUUUUCAGCUGGCCUGCUGAUCGGAGGCAAGGACCUAAAAGCUGAACAAGAACGAGUAGUGCGCAUGAAUAUUCUCGUUUGCACGCCUGGUCGGUUGCUGCAACAUAUGGACCAGACGCCUGAUUUCACUUGUGAUAACCUGCAGAUUCUUGUAAUGGAUGAAGCAGAUCGAACGAUGGAUUUUGGAUUUGAAAAGAGCAUAAAUGCCAUUAUAGAAAAUUUGCCACGAAAACGGCAAACCUUACUGUUUUCUGCUACUCAGACCAAGACGGUUCGUGAUUUGGCUAGGCUAAGUCUGAAGGAUCCUGAAUUCGUAGCAGUGCAUGAAAAAGCAACUCAUGCAACCCCAUUAAAGCUGGAUCAAAAGUACCUUGUUUGUGAAUUACAAAACAAGCUUGAUGUUCUAUUUUCGUUUAUUCGAUCACAUCAACAAGCUAAGAUUAUUGUCUUCCUAUCAAGCUGUAAACAAGUGCGAUUUAUUCACGAAACCUUUUGGAAGAUGAGACCAGGCAUGACGUUAAUGUGUCUUCAUGGAAAACAAAAGCAGCCUAAACGGGUUGCUAUAUUUGAAGACUUUUGCAGAAAACAGUAUGCAUGUUUGUUUGCUACUGACAUUGCUUCAAGAGGUCUUGACUUCCCAGCUGUCGACUGGGUAGUCCAAGUAGACUGUCCUGAAGAUGCCGACACUUAUAUUCAUCGUGUUGGACGGACAGCUCGGUAUGAAGCAGCCGGCCAUUCUCUCUUGUUUCUUCUGCCAAGUGAAGAACAGGGAAUGCUAGAAGCACUCAAGAGUAAGCGAGUGCCGAUUGACAAGAUACAUGUCAAUCCUAGUAGAGUGGGAGCUGUUGGUGCUGAAUUGAGAGCUUUGUGCUCUCGAGAUCCUGAAAUCAAGUAUUUGGGUCAAAAGGCUUGUAUAUCAUAUGUUCGAUCAGUGUACCUGCAGUCAAACAAGUCGAUAUUCGAUGUACAUGCUCUCCCUCUACCUGAAUUCGCUGAAUCAUUGGGGUUGCCUGGCACUCCCAAGAUCAAAUUCGUUGAGAAAUCGAAAAAGAAGAAUGAAUCGAGGCAAUUAGCAGCCCUCGAAGAAUCAUAUAACGCAGACAAGAAACCCAAAAAGACGAAAAAGAAGAAACACUCGUCUGACGAUGAGAUUGACGAUUUAGCAAUGACUAUGAAAGCUAAAGCACAUGCUCGUUUUGAUUCAGAAAGCGAGGCUGAAGCCUCUAAUGAAGAUGAUGCUGAUGAAUUGCAAGUUCUGUCUUCUUUGACUGCCAAGAAGGUGGUUACAAGAGUGGACAGAAUGUUUGCUAAAAAGAAUACUACAGUCUUGUCUGAUCACUACACGAAGCUUGUGCGUGAUCAAGACAGUGCUGACGAUGGUAGCGCUGGUAGUGAUCAGGAUGAGGAAAUUAGUAAUGAUGAUGUGGAUGCUAGUGGACAUGAUGUUGAAAGGCCAGUGACGAUGGAAUUGCUUGGUGGUGUAGAUGACGACGACGAUAAUUUCUUGACUCUGGCACGUCGUGAUCAUGAUGUUACUGAUGUACCACAGCCCAUUGAACUUCCAAGUAGAAGACGAUUACAACGAUUGAAGGAAAAGGAAAUCAAGAAACGUGGAUCUGGUCAAAAGUACAUGUUUGAUGAUGAAGGCACUGCUGUACCAACAUAUAAACUACAGAAUCUGGACGAGUUUGCCACUGAACAACCUAUACCGGAACGACAAGCAGAAUAUAUAGUGGCCAGUUCAGCCAAAAUGAAGACUGCUGAUGUAGCAGAUAAGUCAGUAGAACGAGAACGUAUCCGCGAACGUAAAAAGUUGAGAAAGUUGAAGGAGAAGGAAUCUCGUCGUGAGAACUCUAAGCCUGCCAUGGUAACAUUGAGUGCAGCCGAAGCAGGCGAUGAAGAUGAUGCCGCCAUGCAACAAGAUGACGAGGACGAUGGAGAAGAAUACGAAUCAGCACAAGAUAUCGUGUCAGAUGGUGAACAAGAUGUAAAUGCAGAUGCUAGUGGAUGGCAGUCUGAUGAUGCUCUUUCUGAUAUUGGGGACUUGCAAGUGGAUUUGGAUGAAGGUGGUGGCGACGGUGGUGAGAUGGUAGAAGAUCAAGAUGAGGAUGUGCCACCACCACCAGUAGUAGGCAAGAGUAAAAGUAAAAGCAAACGAUCACGGUCUGCUGUAGAGCAGGAUGAUGUGCUACGAAAGAGUAGUGGUGGUGGUAGGAAGAAGCUGAAAAUGCUUCCGGGGGAGAGUCUAGAAGAUCUGGCGUUGAGUUUGCUCUCACAGUAA